CUUCCAUGUCUUUUCAUGUAAUAUUUUAUGCGUAAAGUAAAUAAAUUAAAGUUUUAUACAUACAAUUUCUCCGCGCAUGUUCGUCCAUAAAAAAGUUCUGAACGAUAUAAAUUGACGUAUAUCGAUCGAAAUUCGUCAAACGUAAAAUAUUAUUUCAAUAAUAGAAAAAUAGUCCAAAAUAAUGUCUUCAUCAUUGGUAGAAUUAAGACCUAACCGAUGUCUUUUAGACCACGAAUUUGAGGGUUAUAAAUUCAAUAUACAUGCUCUCGCACAUUACACUUAUGAGUUAAGUAUCCCUGUUGAUAAAGUAUACCCAGAUGAUGUGCAAUAUUCUUUUGUACAUGCAAAACUAUUCGCCCUACAUAGCCACCUCGUGGUAGACCAUUGGGAUUAUUCUUAUGGCUACUACUAUAUUGACAAUAAACAACAAGUGCAAAAAAUUUAUUUUGACAGUUUUACCCAAAAAUUUCAAACUGCCGUUGUUUACGAUAUUCCAGCUCAUACUGAGAGGAAACCUGGUCAUUUUAAUCUUUGUCUUUCUUUUCCAUCUGCUAAUUUAGCCAUGGUCAGUGAUGGGACAGGCUACUUACAUAUUAUUGAAACGGGUGCCAGAAAUAAGGCAAUUGGGCAAAUACAGACAUGGCAAACAGUGCACUCCAGUUUAGUACUUGGAGAAGGGAAAUAUUUUAACAUAGUAGACUCCAGGACUCAGCAAAAAGAUGAUUGGGAACUAGCACAUUGUCUGUUACAAUCAGUAGAACAAAAUGAAGCACAGUUUGAUUCGGUAUUGACAUGGGUGACUUUUGAACUGAAAAAAAAAGAAAACAAUUGGACUCAGACAAGUUUCAGACAACUUAGAGGCAAAGGAAUAAUACACUAUGCUGCCAUGGAGACCAAUUGCUCUGCUCUUUAUGUUGCAUCUGACAACCCAUUUAAGUUUACUGUAGACUCAGUAAGUGAAAUAUUGGAAAAACCUAAGGAAGAGCAAAAGAAAAUUAUUUAUACAUGGCUUCAAACAACUGAGGACAUAACUAUCACAUUAAAAUUGCAAACAAAUUUUGAUAAAAAUUUGCUUCAUGUGAAUGUUGGACCUUUAUCUAUUAAAGUUAGCUACGCAGGUAAAGUAUUCUUGGAAGGAAAGCUUAAGCAUAAAGUUGAGAGUGAGUUUACAACAUGGAAUGUACAAGAGAGUGGGCAGGUUGACAUAUUGAUCACAAAAUGUGAGAGUAUAUUAUGGGACAACCUGAUAGAAGGAGGAGAUAAAAAUGGAGAACAAAUAUUGGAUGCAAGUUUAGUAGAAGAAACUCACAGGAGACUUGCUCAUUUGUGUUCAGAGUUAGAAGUGACAGGUGAUAAAUUGGUACCAGGACUUUCUACACAAGAGUUUGAAGAGUGUGAUGCUGCAUCUGAAGAAGACACGGUACUAGUUCGCAUGGAUUUAAACAGCCAUGAAGUAACACAUCGCAUUCCACUAAGCGUACAUCAGUACUUGUUUAACAUCAAACUAGAAAUAGAUGAGGUUCCAGCAUUGGCAUUGCGACAUGACGUUGAUGCCUGCAUAUGGCAACCGUAUGCCCAGCUUGUAAACUCUGACACAUGGCCCGUGAAGCACCAAGGAACCCUACUUGCAUUUGGAUAUGUACAAUCAUCUAAACAGAAUCGUAAAUUUGUUACUUGUCCACCCAAUUUUGCAUACAGUGUAGUAUGUGAAGCUUCCAAGCACAUUUUUAUCUACAAAAAGUCAUAUGAUGAUAAUUGCCACUUAAGAAAAAGGACUGAAGGCAAAAUGAUAAGCAUAAAAUGUGGUCAACAGCGUAUUCUGAACAUAGAUAAAUAUGGAGAAGUUUUAGGUAUUAAUGCCACUAAUGAAUAUUUAUUUGUUUUGACUCAAACUACUUUAAUUGCUAUUCAGAUUUAGUAAAUAAAUAA